UCUCCCGGAAAGCGCGCUUGAAGUUUACUUUCUCUUUCAGUUUUGAUACUCGACUUGCAUACUCCAUGAGGACUUUGUGAAACAUGUAAGAAGACGAAACAAAUCUUUAUUCCAUGGCUAUUGACUGUGACGUGAUAACCGAUAGGCUACUCGAUACUCUUGGACAGUGCACAUGACCCAGUGGUUGAGUGUGGUGGCUGGUUUUCAUUCAUUUGGGCAAUUAAUAGCCUGCAUCCCGGUGCGCUGGCCUCAUCAUAAUUCGUGGAGCCGAAGGACUAUUUCCACAAUGGCAAGCAUACGCCUGUUGUUCAUACUGAGUUGUGGUGUUGUACAUGUCCUUUGUGGAGUUACCCUACAAAAGGACGAACAACCGCUCUUUCCAUGGGGCAAAAUGCGCUUACCUGAUACUGUGAAGCCACUUCAUUAUGACCUAUUCAUUCACCCAAACUUGACACAUCUUAACUUCUCUGGAACUGCUGAGAUACAAAUACAGGUGAUGGAAGAAACCCAGGCUAUUGUCCUUCACAGCAAAGACCUCCAUAUCGUCAAAGCAACUCUAAUGUCAACCACAGAACAUCAUCAAGACCUUUCUGUACUAGAUUUCCCACCUUUCGACCAGAUUGCUUUAGUAUCUGAUGAGUUUACUUUUAGUGUGGGUGUGCAUGUCAUCUUUCUCGAAUAUACUGCUGAGCUCUCUGAGAGUUUUCACGGAUUUUAUAAAGGAACAUACAAGACAAAGGCUGGUGAGACCAGGGUCAUGGCAUCCACCCAGUUUGAGCCUACCCAUGCCCGCCAAGCCUUCCCUUGCUUUGAUGAACCUGCAUUCAAAGCAAACUUCACCAUACGGGUACGCCGAGAAGCCAGGCACAUUGCUGUAUCCAACAUGCCCAAGCUGAAGACAGUGGAGCAGCCUGGAGGUCUCCUUGAUGACUACUUUGACACCAGCGUGAAGAUGAGCACCUACCUGGUGGCCUUCAUGGUGUGCGACUUCCUCUCCAUCAGGAGGACCACUGAACAUGGAGUUGAGAUCGCUGUGUAUGCCGUGCCGGACAAAAUUGACCAGGCAGAGUAUGCUUUAGAUACUGCUGUGAAGCUUCUGGACUUUUACGAUGACUACUUUGACAUACCAUAUCCACUCCCCAAACAAGAUCUUGCAGCAAUCCCAGACUUCCAGUCAGGUGCAAUGGAGAACUGGGGUCUGACAACCUACAGGGAGUCAGGGCUUCUGUACGAUCCGGAGAAGUCAUCCCCUUCGGACAAGCUGGGAAUAACCAAAGUCAUUGCCCAUGAAUUGGCCCACCAGUGGUUUGGUAACCUGGUGACGAUGCAGUGGUGGAAUGACCUGUGGCUAAAUGAGGGCUUUGCCAAGUUCAUGGAGUUCAUGUCGGUGGACAUUACCCACCCAGAGCUACAAGUGAAUGACAACUUCCUGGGCAAGUGCUUCCAGGCUAUGGAGGUGGACGCGCUGAGCUCCUCCCACCCCAUCUCCACGCCGGUGGAGAACCCCGCCGAGAUCAGAGAGAUGUUUGAUGAUGUCUCCUACAGGAAGGGUGCGUGUGUUUUGCACAUGCUCAGAGAUUUCCUGACUCCUGAGGGUUUUAAGAUUGGUCUUAUCCGCUACUUGAGGAAGCACAGCUACCAGAACACAGUCAACGCCGACCUCUGGGAAAGUCUGUCCAACGUCUGUCAGUCUGAGGAAACAGACCAGGCCAGAAUGAAAUUGGGUGGAUAUUGUAGUGGAGGCAAGCCCAGAAGCGAGAAGUCGAAAUGGUUCAUGCAGGACGAGCUGGAUGUGAAGGCCAUCAUGGACACGUGGACCUUGCAGGAGGGAUUUCCCAUGAUUACCGUGGAGGUCAAAGGUCGUGAGGUCAGACUCAGCCAGCAGAGGUAUCUGAAAGGAGGUGAUGCUGAAAAGAUAUCAAGCUUUCUGUGGCAAGUUCCUCUUACAUACAUCACCAGUCACUCCAGCACAGUUCAGAGAUUCCUCUUGAAAACAAAAGAAGAUGUGCUGUACCUGACUGAGGAGGUGGAGUGGAUCAAGUUCAACGUGGACAUGAGGGGAUACUACAUUGUGCACUAUGAGUCCGGGGGAUGGGACCCCCUCAUCAGACUGCUGCAGCACAACCACACGGCCCUGAGCAGCAACGACAGAGCCAGCCUCAUCAACAACAUCUUCCAACUGGUCAGCGUAGGCAAGGUGCCUCUGGACAAAGCCCUGGAGCUGACGCGGUACCUGAAGCAGGAGCGCGAGGUCAUGCCCGUCACCCAGGGCUUCAGCGAGCUGGUGCCCCUCUACAAGCUCAUGGAGAAGAGAGACAUGGAGCCGCUGGAGAAGGACAUGAAGGGCUACAUCCUGAGGCUGUUCCUGGGUCUGAUCGAGCGGCAGGAGUGGAGUGACGAGGGGGCCGUGUCCCAGAGGCUCCUGCGUAACUACCUGCUCCUCUUCGGCUGUGUCCGCCGCCACCCGCCCGUGGUAGCACAGGCCCAGACGCUCUUCAGGCAAUGGGCCCAGUCCAACGGCACCAUGAGGUUGCCCAGCGACGUGAGUUUAGUGGUGUACACGGAGGGAGCUCGUACGGAGGCCGGCUGGGACUUUCUGCUGGAGAAGUACCUCCAGUCCAUGUCGCCCUCGGAGAGAAGCAGCAUCAAAGCUGCCCUCGCCUUCAGCCCUCUGGCCCAUAAGCUACAGUGGAUGUUGGAGAAGAGCCUGGAGGGAGAGGUGUUGAAGACUCACGACCUGCCCUCUCUCAUCGUCACCGUCAGCAAGAACCCCAAAGGAUACCAGCUGGCCUGGAGCUUCAUGAGGGCUCACUGGUACAAGCUCGUCAGCAAGUUUGAUUUGGGUUCUUCUUCAAUUUCACGCUUGGUGGUCGGAGUGACAGACCAGUACUCUACACCUGAGAUGCUAGAGGAGGUGCAAGAGUUUUUCGGAUCGCUACCCGUGGAGGCAGGCUCCGAGCUGCGCUCCAUCCAGCGAGCCCUGGAGAUCAUUGAGGAGAACAUCAGGUGGACAGAUAAGAACUUCCCACUGCUGAAAGCCUGGCUGGACAGCAGGACGGGCAGAUAAACUCUCCUGGGGUGCAUUUCUCCAAACCAUCGUUGCUAAGCACGUUAGCUACUUUGUUGUUUGCAAUGCAGUUUUCCAUUGACAAGUUGCCAACAACUAUGCUUUCGAGAAACGCACACCUGCUUUGUAAUUUGAAGGACACAGGAGCCACAGAAGACAGCCAGUGGUUGUGACUACAGCGUAGUGAUUAAUCAACCGUAGAAGGAGCGGUUUGUCAAAAAAAGAAGGGGAGGUUUGUUUUUGUUGUUGUUUUUUUUUUUUAACUUCAGCAGUAUCAUUGGGCAAAAAUACUGUAUCUGAAAAUAACUGUUCUACCUUUAACACUGGUGUGUGUGUGGGUGUGUGUGAGAGAGAGAGAGACAGACAGAGAGACAGACACACAGACAGAGAGAGAGAUGUUAUCCUUUGUCUGCUUUCCUCUCAGUGAUGACAAUCAAUACAUUUGAUAAUGACACCGAGUGUAUCAGCUGCACUGCCAGCAUCGUGGAGAGGCACACAUUUCAUAUCUGUAGUUGUCAGGUAGUAUUUCAUUCCAGAAUUAUUAUGAGUUGACACCCUAAUGUGCAUUUGCCAGUCACUGCUUGGCAAGCAAGUGGGUCAUUUUCCACAAUUUAAUAGGAGAGUAAAAUAUUGCUGAUUCAUUUUGUUUUACAUACAAAACUGUUGUCAACAUUUUUAAAUACGCUUUAACUGUACUGCAAACAGUACUUGUGUGUCUCAGUUUGAAGAGAUUAAAUAAUCUGAACACCGGCUUUAAAUAUUUUGUUCUGUAUAGAGAGGAUGAAAAUGUAUGUGGUUCCUGCAUGUUUAAUUUUAUCUAAUGCUUUAUUGUUUCGAUUUUACAUUGUUUAAGUUAAGAUUAUUCUGUACGCUUCAUCUGAGGAUGUUCACCAUUGAAUUAUCGGCUUUCAAAUAAUGCUUCAAAUAAUAUGGAAAUAUCUACGGGCUUAGCUUUGCAUGUCCGUGUCAUGAGGAAAAGAUUUUGAUUAACCUUCAUCAUUUCCAAAAAGGUUACCUAAAUGAAGGAACUUCAUCCAUACCGUAUGUGCCAAAUUUUCAUCUGAAGU